CUUUAAAACUUGGUUGACGGACGGCGUUCACUCUCAGGGCCUUAACUUUUGUACUUGCAGGAGCGCAGUCCGAAAUUUAGCUGGGCGGUCGAGUCUGUAGCUGGAAGCCAAUCAUACACACGAUGGAAAACGGAACCGCAGCGCAAGGCGAGGGCCGAGACCCAUCUGGUUUCCUCAGCGAGAUUAUUGGGAGCCAGGUCACGGUGAAGCUGAAUUCGGGAGUCGUCUACAAAGGAGAAUUGCAGUCCGUAGACGGAUACAUGAACAUUGCGCUGGAGAAGACUGAGGAGCACAUCAACGGCGUGAAGAAGAGAACCUAUGGUGACGCUUUCGUCAGGGGGAACAAUGUCAUGUACAUCUCGGCGGAUUGAGCACAAGUUUCUACGGGUUAAAUCAAAAUCGAAGACUGGAGAGGCCUUGAGCAGGAGUCAUGGAGUCAUUUGAGCGUUUGGAAAGGCGUUAUGACACAAAAGGGUGAAGAAAUGGAUGAGGGUAUACCUCGGAGAGGGGAAGUGCGAAUGAUGCUGAACAAAUCAGGACACAUAUCGUUAGCAUAUGAUGCUUAAUCCAUGAGACUUCAGAGUCCUAGAUAUCAAACUCGAGAGGUCCAUGCUAGAUAAGUUACCCCAUGUACCGCAACCU